CAGGUGUGGGAGGACCGCAUGCCAGCAGACCAAAUGGUUCUGCGGAAGCUUGUUGUGCAACGUCUCGAAACACCCUCUCUCCUCCCCGCUGCAGGUAGACAGACGACUGUUGAGGCGCCUCCAGACAUGCUGGACCUGUUUAAAAUUGAGAGCCAGUGUCUUUCUACCUCCCCACAAGCAUCAACGAGGUCGUGGCUCUGAUCAAAAUUGUCGCAGCAGGGAGGGCCUUCAG